GUAUCGGGAGGGACAGUGUCCGCGUGGGACUGGACUAGUGAGCCACAAGAGGAGCGGGAAUCCGAGACGGGCGAGAUCACUCAGAGCUGCGUCGGGCUUCAGAGUUCAGACUGCCAGCAGGGACCGUGUAAGCUGUGCAGCUUGUGUUGUCUGUGUCACCAGUCAGGUGUGGGCCAGAAACAAAGUCCCAUAUAACACAAUCAUGAGCCAAGAAGACAGUCCGGUUUCACGCUCCAUUCUGACAAUGUCUCAGGUCAACUCCUUGAGUGACAAAGAUUUCAUCAGAACAUUUGGAAAUGUAUUCGAAAACUGCUCCCUGGCGGCCGCCGCUGUGGUCAGGAGGCGCCCUUUCUCGAGCCUCAGACACAUGCAUGCCGAGAUGUGCUCUUUUGUCGACCAGCUUCCAAAGAAAGGACGAGAGGGCAUCCUGCGAAACCUGGCACGGAUCGGCAAUCCUCCAUCCUCGCGAAACCCGCAGUCGAGGGAGUCUUAUCAGGAGCAAAGGAGCGUGGGACUCCAUGACCUUACUAAAGAGGAAAGAUCAAUGCUGGACAGCCUAAAUAACGACUACUAUCGCAAGUUCGGCUUUCCCUUCGUGAUCUGCGUCAGGCUGAACAGGAAGGAAGCCAUCCUGCAGAAGCUCGCCAAGCGCCUACACAGCACGGCGGCGAUAGAGCUGCACACUGGCAUUGAGGAAGUAAAGAAAAUUGUACUGCUGCGCCUCAAAAACUUGGUCAUCGAAAAACUGGACAGCAAAUUAUAACAAAAAUAUUGAGAGGAAUAAAAUUAAUAAAGCAUGAUGGAAAAAAAAA